AUGAACGACUUUUUGCGUCACAAUCCUGCGAAGUUCAAUGGCAAUGCAACUCCAGAUGAAGCGGAUGACUGGAUUUGCAACCUUGAGAAGAUCUUUGAAGCGAUCGAGUGCACUGAGGGGCAGAAGUUAGUGUUUGCUACAUAUAUGUUAGUGGGGGAAGCUGAGUAUUGGUGGCGUGGGGUGCGGAGAGGUAUGGAUACUCGAGGGGAAGUUGCUACUUGGGAAGAUUUCAAAGCUAGAUUCUUGGAGCAUUACUUUCCGGCUAGCGCUAAGCAGCAGCGAGAGUCGCAGUUUCUGGCUCUUCAGCAGGGAAGUAUGUCCGUGCAAGACUACAAAGAGAGAUUCGAGUAUCUGGCUCGUUUCUAUACUCAGAAUAUGAGUGAGGAUUUGAAGUGUAGGAGGUUCGAGCAAGGAUUGUAUCUGGCUCGUUCCAGAGGCAAGCAGCACAAGAAACCGUAUGAGAGGCCACAGCAGUCUAGGCCAGGUUUGUUGAAGUGCUUUGAGUGCGGCGGAAAUCACAUCCGAAGAAAUUGCCCAAAGCUGAGUGACGUCAGGAAGGAGGUUAGAACGUGUUUCACAUGUAACAAGCCUGGGCAUAUCUCUCUUUAUUGCCCUGAGAAGAAGUCAUUUGGUGGAACGCCUCAGAAGUCAACUAAUGGUGGAAAGCCGCAGGCUGCGGGCAGAGUGUUUGCCAUGUCGGGAGCAGAAGCCGAGAAGUCAGGUAACCUGAUACUUGAUACUUGUUCUUUGUUUGGCAGAAAUGUGCAUGUCCUGUUUGAUUCGGGUGCAACGCACUCGUUUAUAUCAUUGUUUUGUGUGGAGAAUCUUGGACUCUCUAUGUUUGACUUGGGGUGCGAGCUUGUUGUCUCUACUCCAACGUCCGGACAAGUUUCAACUAGUUCAGUCUGCGUUGGGUGUCCGAUCGAGGUGGCAGGUCACAAGUCUUGA